AUAGUAUGUGUCAACUUGGAUAGGAAGAAAUCAAAAUGGAAGGAAUUAGGGAAUAUCCCAAUUCCCCCAAGCGCCCAUUUUGUUUAGGGUAAGCGUAAGUUGAAUGUAAUUGAAAAUUCUAAAACCUGGAUUCCUAUUUUUUCAAUCAAACGCUCGCAAAAGUUGGAACAUUGCCUUGAACAUCAACACACAAUCUCCAUAAUCUUCUUUCUUUCUUUUUCUUUCCUUCUCCCUUGUGUUUUUCUGGCUUUGGGUUUUCUUUUAAUUCGUCAAACUCUCCUUUUUUGGCACCUCCUGUUUUGAAUCUUCAUACCAAUCCAACCAUACCCUUUUUUCUCUUCUUCAAUCUGAGCAAUACACCACAAAUUUCCUCUUCUUCCAGGAUACUUGCUUUCUAAAUAAGAAACAACCGGUGGUGGAUAAUCAUCAGAAACGAAUGAAAAGCGAUUAUGUUGACUGAUCUGAUUGACGGUCUCCCAGACGCUGUUGCCCAUCAGUGCCUUGCACGUGUUCCCUUCCACCUCUAUCCAAAGUUGGAGCUUGUUUCUCACUCCUGGCAAGCUGCCAUUCGUAGUGCUGAACUGUUUAGAGUUCGACAGGAGAUUGGAUCAUCAGAAGAUCUUUUAUGCGUAUGUGCAUUUGAACCUGAGAAUCUAUGGCAGCUUUACGACCCCAUCAGAGACCUUUGGAUAACAAUUCCUGUACUUCCAUCGAGAAUUAGGCAUCUUGCACACUUUGGUGCUGUCUCCACUGCUGGAAAGUUGUUUGUGCUGGGUGGUGGCAGUGAUGCUGUUGAUCCGUUAACCGGUGAUCAAGAUAGAAACUUCGCAACCAAUGAGGUGUGGUCAUACGAUCCUGUAAUACGUCGGUGGUCUCAACGUGCAUCAAUGCUCAUACCACGUGCCAUGUUUGCUUGUGGUGUUUUAGAAGGAAAGAUUGUUGUUGCAGGUGGUUUUACUAGCUGCAGAAAAUCAAUUUCUCAGGCAGAAAUGUACGAUCCUGAUAGUGACGUUUGGAUUUCCCUGCCUGAUCUACACCGUACUCACAAUUCUGCUUGCACAGGAGUGGUGAUUGGAGGCGAGUUGCAUGUCUUGCACAAGGGAAUAUCAAAAGUGCAAAUUUUAGACAGCCUGCGGCUUGAAUGGAGAGUUGAAGAGUAUGGUUGGCCCCAAGGUCCAAUGGCUGUUGUUCAAGAUUCACUUUAUGUGAUGGGUCAUGGACAUAUUUUCAAGCACCACGGAAGAGAACCUAAAAAAUAUGUUAUUUCAGCAUCCGAAUUUCGCCAACGAAUAGGGUUUGCAAUGAUUAGUUUGAGAGAUGAAAUUUACGUGAUCGGAGGGGAUAUUGGUCCCGACCGUUUGAAUUGGCACAUCAAGCCAACGUCAGAUGUUGACAUAUUAACAACAGGAGGCGAGAGACCAACAUGGCGACAUGCUGCUUCGAUGACAAGAUGCCGUGGAGCAAUUCGGGGAUGUGCUCAGUUGAGAAUUUAGGAACUUUCUACAUUCGUUUGUGUUUGUACCAAUGUAAUUGAAUUGUAUUUUGGGUCUGGAAAAUCUUCCCUUCCCAUGGCUGCCUCUUUUUGUAAUCUUUGGUCUUUGAUGUUAAAUCCAGAGGGCAGUAUAUGUUGAUGGAUGGCUCCUGGAAUUUGGAUUUCAUAGGAACGGUCUACAGUCUAAUAGUACAUGAAUAUUGAUUAUUACGAAUUAGUAUGAUGGGGGAGGGGUCCAAAUUUUCAUUUCUAAAUACUUUAAUCAAAAAGAAUGAUUUAUUGGCAUCCA